AUGCCCUCGACAACCGCGACCACCCCGCUCUUCGUGCACGCAAACGGCACCCCGAUGCGCGUAUACGUGUGUCCCAGCCUCCCGCGGAAGAUCACCCGUGCCAUCGAGCGAUACGGCGGCUUGGUCGUGCCGAUCCAUGACGCGCUCGUCCACGUCGCGCCCCACCCGCCUGGCAGCCAGGCGAGCGACAUUGACCCCGACGCGCUCGUCGUCUCCGUCCGCUGGGUGUACGCCGUCGUCAAGAAGCGCGCAAUGGCGGACUUGAAGGCUUUCGCGGUCGAGUAUGUGCCCGACUGGGCUGCUUGGGGUGGGAGUGAGGCGUGCACUCCCGAGCUGGAGUAG